AUGCAGAGCGCACGCAAAUCACUCGUUGGAUCAGCUGUUGGUAACCGUGAAAGAAUUCUCGUCACUGUUGCUUAUGCUGAAAACCUGGGUAACGGCGGUGUAUUAGAUCGACAUAACUUGGAGUACUUCUUCCAAGUGGCUUUAACAGAAACGGUACCGGGCACAAUCGACAUCCGCGCCAAAGUGGACUACAUAAUAGUUGUGAAUGGCGAGUUGUGCACACCCUGUGACGUGACGCUGCGAUAUCUUAUCGACAGUGGUAGAGUUGAUCCAGCACGUGUAAACGUGCUGUACCGGUCGAAUGUUGGUAUGGAUUUUGGCGCAUACAGUGAGGCUGUCAAAUAUGUACAAUAUUACAAGCCACUGUUGUAUACUUACUUCGUCUUCUUGAACUCUUCGCUUCGGGGUCCUUUUAUGCCGAAAUGGACUCCUAGAAGCUUUCACUUCACCGAUACUCUCAUAGAUUUCAUGCGUGCGGAUCAUGAGGUCAAGCUAGUGAGCUCUUUUGUUUCAUGCUUGCACACCCCAGAGCCUCUUCCAGGACCAGUCGCCGAGUCACUGUUUUUUGCAGUUUCCAGAGAUGCGCUCAGCUGGUUGCAGAGAGACGGAGUCCUUGACGUACGACAAAAUAAAUCCGAUGUAAUUCUCAACGGAGAAUAUGGAUUGAUGCAUGCCAUCUUGAAGCGAGGCUACAAAGCAGAGAACCUACUGAGUCGCUACGGAGUCGGACUGGAUUGGUCUGAUACGAAGCACCACCUUUGUAAUGACUGUCGCCAUUCCAGUCGACGAGGUUCUCUUGAGGGGGGAAUAAGUGCUAGUCCUUUCGAAACUAUUUUUGUCAAAGCUUCUUGGUGUGUUCGUUCGGCUGAAAUAGGAAUCAUGUCAAGUUGGUUCACACGACUAGCGUCGGGUGCACCAGGCACCGAGGGAUUUUUCGACGAGGACGGUUGGAGACGCGGAAUAUCUGUUGAGGGUACUAGUGGUAAGCUGGGUACUUUACCACCAGAUGUGCCUAUGGAUGAUUGUCCAAAUGGUAACUUCAACGCAUUACUUGUGAACAGUGCAAAAAUUAAGGCCGAUGCUGAAUAG